AUGACUUCCCAAACCGCAGCGGUUGCCACCCCAGACACCCCUCCGAAACGAAUGACCCGUGCGAGGGCUGCCCGAAUUACGGAAGCUUCCGACAUACCUACGAAGGCGCUCGCGAAAGAGACAGCAGCCGAUAAACUAACAGUGCCAACAAGAGGCAGGCCGAGGACAAAGACAGUCUCCGCUCCCACAGCUGCAAAACAAAAGGGGAGAAGUAAAACUGGAAGUGUCGCGGCAAGUUUAGAUACCAGCGAACCGAAGAAGCAGCCCGCGAAACGUGGAAGAAAGAAGGUACAAGAGGAGACUCCAGAAUCCAGCGAUGAUGAGAUGGACAUUGUGACUGUAAGGGCAAGGCCUAAAGCGCCAAAAGCGCCGUCUUCUUCGAAUAUGCCUACAAAUGUCAUAAGACCUGCUGUUGUGACGACCAAAAAAACGGUUCCAGCAGGGAAGGACAACAACGAGUCAGAAAAUGUCGGAAACGAUGAUGAUGAUGAUAAUGACGAUGACGACGAGCUGGCGCAGUUAGAGCUUCCAAAUCAAAGACCAGGAAGACCAAAAACCCUACCGACAUCUAAGAAUUGCAGGCCACUUGUUACUGAAAGCUCAGCAAAAGGCCCUAUCAGACGACCGAGGAAGGCAACUGCAGUGGUAGCAGACGAUAAAGGCAAAGUCACUAGCAAGAAAAUAUAUAUCUCAGCCGCUGCACUGACUGCUUCCUCAGUCGCUGCUAAAGCGAAAACAAGAGGAACGUCAGCCCCGAGGAAGGAAGUUAGUUUCUUGGACUUGGCCGCCGCCGAAUCCGACAAAGAGAACCACCCAAUUCCUUCCUCGACGGUCGCCGAGCUACAUCAUAAAAUUCAAAUGGGCAUCAAAGGGAAACCCAUUCGAAGAACCGCCACAACCACCGGUGAACGAAAAUUAACGACUGAUGGGAAAAAGAACGAACCGCUUUCACCAAAAAAAGCAACUCAGAUUGCCAAAUCCGGAUCCUCCGCCAGUUCAACAGAUAGCACUGAUGAUAAUCUUGGCUCACCGCGACCUCGGAUACCAUGCUACAAAGGAUCUCCAACUAAACAGAGUCCGCGCAGGCCAUUCGAUUCCGCAGUUAAAAAGAUCGACUUUGUCUCCCCUGUUAACAAAUCCAUGCUGGGUCAUUCUUUGACUCAGGCCUCUCAGAGCGAGAAACCUUUGUUCUGUCGUUCCGUCACGGAUGCCAUUUCCUCCGUUUCAAUGAUAUUAGCAUCGCCAGCAAGAAAACUUCCUCCUUCACCAUUGAAAGAAUCUAUGAGGGAUUCACCGCGACGUGCCCAUUCACAACCUACGGCCUCAAUAUCUCGCCCUGAAGGACCUGAUCCAAGAGAAAAUUCCCCAUUGAAAUCCACGCCCAAAAAGGGAAAAUUGAGCGCCUCUAUUUUUCAGUCACCCUUCAACCCCACAACCACACCAUUCAGGACCAAAUCUAUUUUACUACAAAGCUCAGCUAAACGGCCGCCCUCGCCAAUUAAACCGGUGGCUAGGGGUAGACCAGAGUCCCCCGCUUCGGGAACUGCAUCUGAAUUAAGACGUGAAGAUGCUUUUCUACAUCCUGCCAAGCAACCCUUAUCUUCGGAGAUAGAACGGGAAUCAACCACUGGAGCUGUCAACGAACAGCAGGUCAAAGCAGAGCCCAAGUCAGAUGACAUUAUUAUUGAUGGUCUCAUUAAUCUCGAUUUGAGUGUUCUUGAUGCCGUUCUGCCAACGGGCGAAAAUGGUGGGGAGAGCUGUCAACCUGUAGUGGACGAGGGAUCCGGCUAUGAGGAUACGAUGAAACCUCCCGCGCAGGAGAUGGAAGACCCUUUUAUCAUUACAGAUAUCACGUCCAUGCCACCUAGCCCCGUAGGCAAAUACGAGAUUAUCAACCCAGAUGCAAGCGUUAGUUCCUUAAGAAGCUACCAAUGCAUCCCUCCAGCUGCACCUUCUCCGCCAGCAUUUACGGCCAAGAGCCAUGUUCAGUUUGUAUAUCGUGACGACACGGCUGAGGAGUCCGAAGAUGAACUGAUGACGGAUACCAGCCCAUUAAAGUUUAAUAUUGCACAGUCGCGACGGGGAACUCUUUUCUGUAAUGCAACCCUAUCUGCAAUCGCAGACAACGACGAAGAUCCCGAAGAAAAACUUGGAUUUACUCCUCUAGCCGAGAAGCUAAGACAGUGGAACUCUAUCAGUCCAGUCAAGCGACGUUCUUCUCGAGUGCAAGGUAGAGGUAUAUUUUCACCUCUAAAGCAAAAUGAACCCAUUGCAAAUAGACAACAGGAUAUUGCAACAGACAUAGCAAUGAAACACGAGGCCCACCUUCUAACAACUUCUAGCACGUCAACUCCUUCUUUCUUCGAGGAUGCGAUGUCCAUGAAGCGUCACGAAAGCAUGGAGGCUCCCAUCCCUUCUAGCGGGUUGGAUGAUGAAACAGCUAUAGAGCCCGGUGACACCAAGAUGGAUGAGCUCAAUAUCCAUGAGAAGUGGACUCCAGAACCUGAUGAAGACAUUGAGGACGACGGUGAAACAUAUGAAAAUGCCGCCCCUUCGGAAUCCACAGUUCCAAUUGAUCUCCAUUACCUUGGUGAGAAUGAGAGCCAGAGGGAAUUAGCGGAGAAGGAAAACUCAAUUCUGCUUCCCAUGUCUGUUACUCCAGUUCGCUCCCGCGUCUAUCCUCGCACGAUCCAUACAGUCUCAAAGGUGCCUCUUCGACCCGAUGGCGAUGGGUCUGUGCUAAAGGUCCCUCGCAAAAGGAGUCGGUCCCUUUCUUCGCCUAGAAAGACUUCUAACGCGCACCUGGGCACGGGCAAAAGCCUGCCCACGAUUUCCCCACGGAAAAGGCAGGCAGCUCUGAAGCCUUUCUCUGAUGACAUUGUUGAAUGUGAACCCGAGCCUGAGCUCCCGGACGAAACACCAACCAAGUACAGCACAACGACAUGGCCUCAAGCCGCUGUGAAUCACCCAAAGAAGUCUCCUAGCAAUCCCAAGUCUAAAAAGGAGCGAGUUUUGCGAGGAGCCGUGGUGUUUGCGGACGUUCACACUGCUGAAGGCGCUGAUGCCAGCGGUAUUUUCGUGGAACUUCUAACACAAAUGGGGGCCAGAUGUGUGAAGUCAUGGUCAUGGAAUCCCCGAGCGAGCCUCUCUCCUGUGGAGGGUGUCGAUCCAAAAGAGGGAAAGGUUGGUAUUACACAUGUAGUUUUCAAAGACGGCGGAGUGAGAACAUUGGAAAAGGUUAGAGAAGCCAAUGGCCUCGUAAAAUGUGUCGGCGUCAGCUGGGUUCUUGACUGUGAACGUAAAAGUAAAUGGCUCGACGAAUCCAACUACGGUGUGGAUGUCAGUCUAGUUCCUCGAGGCGGCCAAAAGCGCAGAAAAAGCAUGGAGCCCAGAGUCCUAAGCAACAUGAAUGGGAGCAUCAUCAAACUUGAUUCAUCCACAUCCUCCAACAGUGGAAGAUGCAGUGUCACCGAUCGCGAAACAUUCCAGGAAUUGAUGGGCUUCUCUCCCACAGCAGAGUCAUCUAGGCGCGACUCAAUGGAGUGGCGCAGGGUACCAUCCACCCCACAGCCGGAAAAACGGAACCACUUCGCUAUCCAGCCAAAACCUACAAACCUUCCACCAAAUCCAAUGGCCGAGUCACCCACUACUCCUGAAUUCAACUAUGCUUUUGACUUUGAUGGCGCUUCCGCUCUUUCCCCUAUAACCCCGUUCCAUCCAUCGCAGGGAACCAAGUUAACCCAGCAGACAUGCCCGCCGAAGCAAUUGAGACAGGGCCUCUUUGAUGACAAGGGUCGCGACGAUGAUCAGAUGAGUGAAGGGUUGAAGCUCAGAUUGGAGGCGGCCAGGAGGAAGAGCUUGGUAUGGAAGCCAAAGGUUGGCAGUCCACUUGGACGUGCAGGGGUGAAUUUCUAG